AGAGGAUGGCAGUUCACUAAGCGCCUCUUCUGUUAAAGAAGACAAGAGUUAAGCUCUUUAUUUCUCUGAUGAAAGGUGCCCAUAAACAUACUCUUUCUCUUCAUUUUAAUAAUUUAAGCAUUAUCUUGCUGAUCUUCAUAGAAAUAAAUUGGAAUGAAUAACUUUAUUGUCACCCUCCCUCCCAGGAUGCAGCUGAAGCCGCGCACUAGGCACUACCACUCACGCUGCCCCUUCAGCUCGCUACUCGUGCAACACUUUUUAAUAAUGCUUUCCAAGUAUUGUGAAUGAAGCUGGGAAAUUAUUUUAGGAGGUAAACUACUUUUAGGUAGUAACCACAAAAUUGUAACUAUUGAUUUGUAUAAAUACAGAUUUCAUAUUUCAAAAGAAGUAAGAAAAUGCAGCUUCUAUUUUCCUAUGCUUGCCAUAUAGGAGAACUUCAAGGUCACCUUGACAUUGGUCUCGGCUGAUGCUCACACUAUGGCUUAUUACAGGCAGUCAGGAAGGCGAUGUCUUCCUAGGGUCUUAUGCACAGAGACUGCUCAAGCCUUUCACUGUGAGUCCUGGCUCCACACCUAAAGUGUGGCUACUGGGGGAAGAUCGCUGGACCUUUAGUGUCCAGGGCUUUUAUAAGGACUGCACACAGGCAUCCUGUGAGCACUGUCAGGGUUCUAGACGUAACAGAAGUCUGUAGACACUCCACCUAAGCCACACUGUCUAUGUAGACAGUUUAGGUCUUGGGAUCCCAGCCUUCUGAAGGGAACUUUUCAAAGUUAUCUUCUGAGGAUCUGGACAAAGGCUGGUCUUGUAAAUAGUCUUUUGUAAGGACAGGCAGUAAGACCUGCUGUAACUCUUUGCUGCACGCAAACUAGGAAGUAUGUAAAUAUACAUGCAUAUGUAUAUAUCUGUAUAGUUCAUGCAGAAGAAAAAUUGCUUCUUGUUAGUGACCUUGCUUAUAACCUUUUUCAAUGGGUUUUUAAUGUAGUACUUUCAUUCUUGGGUAUUUUAUACAUGUAUACAAUAUAUUUUGACUUUCUCCCCUUAUUCCUUAUCUUAACUUGUCCCAGAUCUUCUUCAACCUCUCCCAACUUCCCCUUUAAAGAAACAAACAAACUAAAACACUUAGUCCAGAAUGUGCCUUCCAUAUACACACAUGGGUGUGGGACCAACCACUAGUGUGUGGUCAGCCUACCAAGGCCCGUGAUCUGUAGAAUCUGGACUAUUCCCUAACACCCGUCAACCGUUCACAGCUCCUCAGCAGGGGUAAGAGCUUAGGAGUCCCUCUCCUUUAUACUGGAAUGUCAACUGAUUAGGUCUGGCAUAGGCAACAACUGUCAGAGAUCACAGUACAGUGACCCUGUCAAGUCCAGGAGAUACUACUUUACCCUGGUUCCUACCCCACUCUUUCUGUGGUGUUCCCUGAGAAUCGUUUUUGUAAAUGAAUAGAGGAAAACCACCAAACAUUUGGAUGUAGAGCUGUAAUUAAGGAGCCAUAGUUAAUGUUCAGUGUGAACUUGGUUAAUUUUCUUAAUGUCUUGUGGUUUGAUAGAGUAGAUCUUGCUUUGCCAAUACGUAAAUUGGUCAAUAUUUCUCCUAUAUUAUUGGCUAGCUCUUUAGUCAAGGGCACUUUAGAUUUUGAAGCACAUUAUUUCUAAUUCCAGUAUUACGUUCUGAACUGUAGGUUGGGGAAAUGAAUGAGUGAUACUGUUUUUCCUUCCUUUUUAUUGUAUUUCAAAGUAAAGCUAGAAAGGAAGCAAAUUUGUUGGUAUCUUUUUUGUUUGCUUGGUUUUGGUUUUUUGAGACAGGGUUUCUCUGUGUAGCCCUGGCUGUCCUGUCAGUCAUUCUGUAUACUAGGCUGGCCUCAACCUCACAGAGAUAUGAGUUCUGCCUCUGCCUCUGCCUCCCAAGAUAUGUUAGUAUCUUAACAGUAUAUAUCUGUAAAGCUCUUGAAAAUGAAAAUCAAUGCAUGCUGUUAAAAAUUAGAGUUUUAGGUCUAUAAAAUGCCUUAGCAGAUAAAGUCACUUGUCACAUUGUGGAAUGAGAGAUCUGAAUCCCACAAACUGUCCUCUGAUCUCCAUGUGUACACCAUGACUGCCUACCCCCCACAAUAAGAAAUGAAGUCUUAAGGUUGGGAAGUUGGUUUGGUUGGUAAAGUCCUCAGCGUAUAAGAUGAGUUUGGUCCCCUAGGACCCAUGUUUAAAUACCAGGCAUGCCCCAGAGCUAGGAGGUAGAGACACCCAGCCUUGUCAGUUCAGUGAUUCCCAAGCCCGUGAGAAACCCUAUCUCAAAACACAAAGCAGACAGUAUCUAAGAAGGAGCAGCACCAGAGGCGGCCUUCCCAGAGACAGGCGAGCGCAGUGUCCUCUUCGCUCUCAAGUGUUACAGCAUUCUCAUGCAGGCUUCUUGCCUUCGAAAGGGUUGACUAAAUGCCUAGAAUUAUGAUUGCUUAACAUAUUGGCUUACUUUAUAUAAUUUGACACAAUUUUUUGAUUAGUUACUACUUACUAAUUUUAUUUUAUUUAUUAAUUUUCAUGAUGUUGGGAGUUGAACUCAGGACCUUGAACAUUUCAGACAAAUGUUCUAGCACUAAAACUAGCUACAUCCCAGCCCACUUCCAAAUUUUAAACGUCACCAACUAAAAAAAAAAUCAAAUGUGCUAUUUAGAUAUUUUAAUUAUUUUUAAUGAAAUUUUUCAUCUGACAUUUGAUUUAAUCUUUUCCCCUGAAAGUUGCAGGAUUAUAGAGUAAUUGGACUAAAAUGACCAUUACAAUCUGUAGCAAACAUUAAAAUGUCAGUUAGUUUUAUUUGCUUGUAAACACUUUCUUUUUUAUUAUUAUUUAUUGUAUGUGUAUGAGUAUGAGUACACUGUCACUGACUUCAGACACACCGGAAGAGGGCGUCAGAUCCCAUUACAGAUGGUUGUGAGCCACCAUGUGGUUGCUGGGAAUUGAACUCAGGACCUCUGAAGAGCAGUCAGUGCUCUUAACCGCUGAGCCAUCUCUCCAGCCCCUUGUAAAUUCUUUCUAAUACUCAAGUUAGAGUGACAAGUGUGUUUUGUACUAAUGGAAGUAACUUAUCUCUUUGGACUGCAUUUAUAAAGCUCAUUUUAACCUAACAUGAUUAUUGAUCCGUGUAUCCAUAAGAGAACUCUGUGUGCUCGCACUGGCUCGGUACUUAUUGGAAAGGUACAGUUGACUUAAGGGCACGUGUUUUAGGAUGUACAGAUAAUUGGAGUGACCAAGGGAAGAAUGACAGACGGAAAACCUGGGAAAUAAAUCUGAGGUCAGGGUUAGCUCUGAACAGUUACUAUAAGAUGAUUAAUGCUAUACUUCUCUGUUUGUUCCUAAAGUUAAAAACAAACAAACAAAACCCCUUAUACCUAAAUUUAGCCUUAAAAUGAACAACAGAUUGAAAUCUGGUCUACAACAGAAUGUGGCAGAAUCACUAACAGUGUAAGUAAGUCUCAGCUCCUGGCAGGGAGGUGCUUCCCCAAGGCUUCGUUUUGUUAUAAUUUUAAUGAGAGUUCUAAUUCUUGCACCUGCCUAGGUUUCUGCUGAGAGGAAAUUGCCUAAUUCCCCCAAACAUAAGUCAGUUAGAAAGAUCCUGAAGUUGUUUUUCCCUGUUUUUCUCUUUCGAGGGGGUAGGGUCGUGCAGUAUGGUCCUGGUUGGCAGAAACUCACAAUCCUACCUCUCUUGGUAGGAUUUCCUCUCCUCGGUCCUAGGAAUAAGAGGUGUGUGCCACUAUGCCCAGCUUUAAGAUUUUGGAUUCCUAAGAGGUUUUUGUGGGCAUUAGUGAGCACUUUUGAUAGUUUAAUUUAAUUGGGAGGGUUGAUUUAAACUACACCAGUCUACAGGCUUGCAGUUCUGAAUAUAGGAAAAAAUGGAAGGUGACUUUGAAGGCAAGGCAGACACCCGAAAUCUCACCCACUUUAGCACCACAUCUCAUCUGCCAUUUUAGUCUGGAAGCUGUGUCUCUGGCUACAUGUAUGAUACACACGUCAGGUUGUGUGGUGGCGUCAUUUCUCACAGAGACUAAUGAACUGUGACAGCCAGAGCAACAGGGCUCUGUUGUCAAGGUCCUCAGACAUGGGACUGCCCUCGUGUCCUCUCAUGUUCACUGCUUCCUUAUGGGAGCCCCAGGCCUGGGGAAUGGAAGUGUGGUCUUUGUGUGGUGUGGACCUUUAGGUACCCUUUUGAAUGUAAUUUGAUAAUGGAGAUAGAUCCGGUGUAGGUUCCGUACUUUCCCAUGUGGGCCUGUUUCCCCUCCCGAGCCUCAUUUCUCAUGGACUUUAUUGUAAGUGUUCAGACCAUUUUAUGUCUACCAGCUAAUCUAGUUUUAAGUUUUGUAGUUCAGAAACUUAAAGAGAUAGCUAUCUCUACUUUCAAAAAUAGUGGCAAUCAAUUUAGGUCUAUCAUAUGCUUGAGUUCAAUGUAAGCAGGUUUUCAUACUUUUACAGCUAAAGGCUGUCUUUAUCAGAACUCUGUGUGUGUGUGUAUAGGGUAUGUACACUUGUAAUUAUAUGUAAAGUGGAUAUUGAUUCUUUCCUGUCAUGAAUGAAUUUUAUAUAAUUUUUUCCAGGAAACCUGGGAAGAUUACUAUUAAAAUGAUAGUAUGUCAUAGGCAUUAAAUGUCCCAGCCAGAGCUCAAGAGAUGACUCACUGAGUGAGGACACUUGCUUUGUAAACAUGGGGAUUUGAACUUGAGUCUCUAGCACCCAUGAGAACGCCAGGUGUAGCUUCCUGUUCCUGUGACUCCAGUGCCGGGUAGAUGAGGAAGGAGGACACUGGCGUCCUCUGGCCAUCUUGUGUACAUGUGUACAGAUAUACCAUGUAGACACUCACAUGUGUACAGAUAUACCAUGUAGACACUCACAUGUGUACAGAUAUACCAUGUAGACACUCACAUGUGUACAGAUAUACCAUGUAGACACUCACAUGUAUAGUAAGUAGAGAAAAAUCAAAUAUUCUCAGCUAAGUACUGAAAGAAUUUCCCAUGUUUUUAAUGAUUACUCUCUUUAACUUGAUUUAGUACUAGGCCUUAUCAGCAGUGAUGGGUAGCAUUUAUUUGUUUUGUGUGCACACAUGCAUAUGGAUGUGUUUGCUCCAGUGUGAAUGUGCAUAGCAGUUUGUGAGAGUUAGCUACUUGUACCUGGGUUCCAGGGUCAACCUUCAGAGUGUCAGCCUAGGAGCAAGUGUCAGCCUAGGAGCAAUGCCUCUGCCUUCUGAGAACUUAUUACUGUUCAGAAGACUGCAGAGACUUAGAGCUAUAAGUAAGUUAUCAGUGUGUUCCUAACACUAUGUGAUAGACAGUACCAGAAUUUUAUACCUAGAAUUAGAAUUAUAACGUGGUUGUGAUUUACUUGAAAUUUGUUUUCUUCCCCCUUGUUCUUAAACUUUGAAAAUCUCCCAAGUAGCCUUCAAAGGCAGCAGGUGCCUUUUGCAGUGGAUCUUGAGAGAGUGGCAAAUAUUUCUUAAAGUUCCAUGAAUGAGUCUUAUGAUCACUAGGGAAACAUGACAGCCCUGGUUCCGAAACUUCCCAGUACCCAGAGUUCACCCCGGGUGCAGCUCCUGGUUCAGUGUGCUUGAGUGUCUGCAUUUCAGCAGAAUGCUGUGGAGUCCCUGCAGUCUCAGAGUAAACAGCAGUAGUCUGUACUUAUCAUACUUGGUUUAUCAUUGGGAAACUUUGGCAACAGUUUCUAUAAAAACUGUAAUUCUUAUAAAGAAUAUCAUUCACAUUUUUAUCAGAAGUAUUAAAAAAAUGCUUCAGUAUUUUUUUUUCUACUCUUAAGCCUUUUCUUCAUAUAAAGUCUGGGAAAUUAUGAGGUAUAUACCUAAACUAUAAGGACUUUCAUAUGAUUUGGUUUUGAAAAUCACAUACUCCAGGGAAACUCAUUUGGAUAUGGUCUUAACCAAUUCUUUUAUGUAGUGAGGUGCUUUGUAUGGUUUUGAUAGGCUAAUAAAACAUUUAUAUAGAGCUCAGGCUCAUAGCAUCUUCGAUUAGUCCUUACUUGCAAGGAGGCAAGCGUUUUCAUUGUAGUUGUACUUGCAGCAUUUGACCAUGUUAAAGGAGCUGUCAGUAGAUCUGUGCAAACUGUCCAGCAUGUGGAGGAGGAAGUGGAUUUAUUUUCACAGUUCAAUGUCUGCCUUUCCAGGUUCCUCAGCACCACCUUUGCCAUGUGUUCUGUCUCCCAGCAGGGUGGCAGCUAGUCAGCUGACCCAGCACGCAGGUGAUCUGACUGUUCCUGCAGGUGGCCAAAGAACACACACAAAAGGUGGACCAGUUAUUUUAGCAGAUGAAAUUAAAAAUCCUGCAAUGGAGAAGUUAGAACUUGUUAGAAAAUGGAGUCUCAACACAUAUAAGUGUACUCGGCAAAUUAUAUCUGAGAAACUAGGCCGUGGCUCAAGAACCGUGGACCUUGAACUUGAAGCUCAGAUUGACAUAUUAAGAGAUAAUAAGAAAAAAUAUGAAAACAUUCUGAAACUGGCUCAGACCUUGUCGACGCAGCUUUUCCAGAUGGUACAUACCCAAAAGCAACUUGGAGAUGCAUUUGCUGACCUGAGUUUGAAGUCUCUAGAACUCCACGAAGAAUUUGGCUAUAAUGCAGAUACACAGAAGCUGCUGGCUAAAAAUGGAGAGACUCUUCUUGGGGCCAUUAAUUUUUUCAUUGCUAGCGUGAACACCUUGGUGAAUAAAACAAUUGAAGACACACUAAUGACAGUAAAACAGUACGAGAACGCCAGAAUUGAAUAUGAUGCAUAUCGCACUGAUUUGGAAGAACUGAACCUUGGACCUCGUGAUGCAAACACUCUGCCAAAAAUUGAGCAGUCACAGCAUCUGUUCCAAAUACACAAGGAAAAAUAUGACAAAAUGCGCAGUGAUGUUUCUGUCAAAUUGAAAUUUCUUGAGGAAAAUAAGGUUAAGGUGUUACGCAAUCAACUGGCCCUUUUCCACAGUGCUGUUGCUGCCUACUUUGCUGGGAAUCAGAAGCAGCUUGAACAGACUCUCAAGCAGUUCCAUGUCAAAUUGAAAACCCCAGGAGUGGAUGCCCCGUCUUGGCUUGAAGAACAGUAAACUCACCAGGAAAGAAGGACAGUGUAUUGUUAAACAACUAAUAAACUAGUAAGAGUGAAGUAAUGUGGGAGGUGUGAGGUGACCACCAUCGUAGUGGCUCCUGCACAGAUAGCUUUUAAUUUCCCUUUUCAUACCGUAACAAUUGAGCUGUUAAAUUUGAUGGGAAGGUAGGUGAUUUUUAUGUAAACAUAAUUUCUAUAAUUCUAAACAUAAUAAUCUUCCUUUUUGAGAAAUCCUUUUUGUACUGUGAGGGUUGAUGGCUAUUUCUGUAGUUUGAAAUAUUUAAUAUAGAUUUGCACUGACAAGAUAAAAGUUCAAGGCUUUUUGGGUCCCAGAAAUGAGGGCCAGCUAUAGUUUUCCAAGGGAGGUUUACAUGAUUUGUAUCAGUGUCAGAUAUUUUAUAUAUGAAUAUAUUCAACAUCUUUAAGAAGUUCAUGUUUGUGUAUUAUCUUUUAAAAAAAGAAGCUAUUUUGCAGAGUAAGUUUUAUGGUGUCCUGCAGUCUCACCCCAGGGACAGCUUGAAUAAAUGAUUGAUUGGCCCAUAGCUUGUUGCAGACACACUCUAAAAUUUAAUUUGUAACACUGUAAUUUUGUUUAGAUAUUUUUAAAGGCCCGGGAGUCACACUGUCAUAAUUUUUACAACGUAUUUAAGCUCAUGAAUUUGACAGUUGUGUUUGCAAUUUUGAUUUAUAAUGAAAUCUGCUUAAGAGGGGUAGGUUUGUUUGUUUGGGGUUUUUUUUAUUUACAUGUGGACAGAAUGGAAAUUCUUAGCAGUUUCUAGAGUAGAAAUUUGUACAUUAAACAGCUAGUUUGGGAGUAAAUUCCAUUUUAAUAGAAGAGAAUUUUCAGACCAUGUUCAUUGGCUUCCAUGCGUGGCUGUACCACUUAAGCCUUAAAUCACAGACAUGUGCCUUCGCAGAUGCAGUAAUUCUUGCCCAACCAUUGUACAUACAUGAAGAAACUCCUACAGAUGACGCAAUUCCUCUGUAACGGAGGGAUUUUUUUUUUGUCCUCAUAAAACCACACCUGAGGAGGAUGGCGAAACCAACUUUUGAAUUUUUUGUUUGGUUUCUCUUGAUUCCUCUUGAAGAAGGGGAUGAUGGGAGAAUGUUUUCCACUUGGUUCAUGAAAAGAUUGUAUAAGGUGUGUGGCGGUCAUAGGAAGGGAGGAUCCGGUGCUGGGUUACUUGUGCAGCACUUGGUCUUAUGUAUGUGGUUGGCGUGUCUACUGUGGUUCCUCAGUGAUGUAAUCUUGGUUAAAUGUAAAGUUCCUUGAUUUUGUCAUACGUAUAAAUGAGUGUUCUCAGAGACACCACUUCACCUGUUAUUUCUAUUGUGUCGAAAUGAAGUACUUAAAAUUACUGUCAUACGUGACCUUUGUGGACUGUAUGAUGUGUUACAUUUUUAGCUGGUCUUUUUUAUUAAUACGCCUGUUUUGAGUGCUUAAUAUAAUGUGAUGUGAUUGUAAGUCGUGAGCCUGUUUUAAAUCAUUCCCUCCUGUGUACUUGUACUCUGAGAACUCUAUUUUAUUCUUCCUGCAAUGGUUAGUUACACUCCGAGUGUGCCUCUGUGUGAAUCCUGUCUUCUUAUUAAAGUGGCUGCUGCAGUA